AUGCCCGAGACCGCGUCGCCAGACCAUGUUAUCCUCGACGCGGACUCUCUGGCUGCCUCAUCAGCAGACGCACCCCUAAACACUCACGCCAGUGACGCGCCGCCCGUCGAGCCCGAGGAUCGGGAAGCUGCCGUCGAAUCUCAGGCGAAUGGCCAUGCCCAGCACGACGCGACGCCGGCUCAGGCAAAUGGCCACGUGCUGCAGCAAGCGGAAGCCAUGGACGACGCUCGUCUCGACGACAGCGAACGGCCUGCGAAGAGACAGAGGACCCGGAAUGCGACGCCGCCGCCGCCGGCUAUUCGCAAGCUGAAGCCCAUCUCGCCACCGUGGAAGAAGAUCGAGGCUGACGGCCCAACAUCGUACACUGAGAACGGGCGGCGCAAAUCCGGUCGUAUCAAUAAUUCGUUGCCCAUCCCGGCCGAGCCGUCCAACCUGAAUCCGAAGCGCAAUACUAGACAUUCUAUGAAUGGAUCGACAGGAAGCACGCCCAAGGAGAGCUCGAUGACUAAUGGCAAAACAAGCAAGAUGGCAGGAGGCAACGCAUCCAAGCAGAAGCCCUCGGGCAAGGCCACGCCAGCCAGCACCACGGCGUCCGAAUCGAACUCGAGAUACGCUUCCAGACGAGGCGCUGCUCCAGAGCCCAGGUCAUCUUCACGACUCACACGCCGACGAACUCCCUCACCUCCGCCACAAUCCCUCAGACACUCCACGCGCACACGAAGAACACGGCUCAGUGAUGUGUCUGCUGCGGCUGAACAAGAUGCUGGCGGCAACAUCACUAAGCAUAAUACCUUUGAAAGCUCCGGCAAGUCACCUCGAGUUAAGCUGAGGGUCUCAUCUCGGCUCGGUGUGAUUCCGCUGGUUCAUCCGGACCAGGUUCGCAAACGACCACGCAUUGGGACUGACUUUGACGAUUUCUGGACUCGAGCGGGAGAUAUUCCGGUAGAAGAUGGCGGCCUCAUGGCCUCUGAGGAUGGGCCACCGUAUACAGACGAAAUGGCACAGAAUGAUGCACGCAUAGUUCUCCGCAUUGAGAGGGAGGUCGAGCCGGGUGGGCUUCUUUCGAUGCAACGCUGCUCCCUAUUCGUGCCUGAAGGAGAAGAGGAGCCACCAAGGCAAUGGGCUCGACAAGACCAUAUGACAAAAGCUGCUGCCAACUUUCGAAAGCUCAUGGUAGUAGAACAACAGCGCCAUCGAUCAACAGCCAAAAAGCUUGCCGAAGCCUGUCGUGAAGAAUGGCUAAGGCGCCAACCCAAAUCUGCCGAAGAGAUAGAAUCGGAAGCAAGGGCCUUGUGGCUAACACGGUAUCGGGUUGUUCUCAAAUCUCUCACUGGUACUUGGGAUAAUGUACGUGCAGAGGUUAACAGACGGCGAUUGGCACAAUGGGAGGCGGAAGAGCAAAAAAGAGUCAAAGCCGCGCUUAACCAGGCCGUCAGUCUAUCGGAGCAGAAAUUGCAGGCUCGCCGCGCCGGAGGCAUGGAUUCUGAAUCUCUUUUCGACGAGGAUGAUGGCUUUGAUGAUCUGAGCGACAGCGCUAGCGACGAUGACGGAGACGAAGACGGAUCUCGUCUGUCUUCCACAGAGACUGAUGGAGGCAGCGGCGACGGCGAUGAUAGCGAUAUGAUGUCUUCUUCCGAAGACGAAGACGAAGAAGAUCAGAAAGACGUGGCAGACGAGGGCCUCACACAGGAACAGCUACGAGCGAAAUACGCCAAUAUACCUGACCUGAAAAUACCUAAGAAAGCAGAAUCAAUUGCCGAGAACACGAGCCAAAGCCCUGGCAACGCAGGAGAGUCAGACGCUGAGACCAGUGAUGAAUCAGUGGAUAUGGAUGACGAUUUAGGAUCUAGUGAUUUUGAUGGUAGUGGCGAGUCUGGGGAUGAGGGGUCAACAGAUGAGUCGGGAUCUGAAGAAGAGGCCAGUGGUCUGCUGGGACUCUUUUUUGGAAAAUCAGAGCUGAAAGAAAUGAAGAAAAUCGAGACCAAGGCUGAAAGUCCCGAAAACGGCGAGACGAGCGGUCAAACUGAUGCACCCGAGCCGGAAAUCGCACAGCCAGAUGUUGAGAUGGAGGAUGAGGAGGAUGAGGAUGAAAUGUCGCUUGUCCGCCACCCCGAUUCUAUCAAUGGUGAUGGCGCAGAUGAUAACGGAAAUGGUGCUAAUAAUACGGUGGAAACCAAGCCGAAUGGCGUGGAAAGCGGAACGGAACAUGAUGAUGAAAGCAAAGAGCCUAGAAUUCCUUCAGACCAUGUCGACGUUGAUACAGAAAACGUUGAUACAGAAAACGUUGAUCAGGACAUAGCGAUGACAGAUGCUCCAGAGACUACAGCCAGCGAUGUGCCAAAGUCGGAAGAGCCUACAAGCACAGCAACUUCAGAGAAAUACGCCCAUCCAGAAACAGGGGCUACGGAUGUCCAUUCUGAUACCUCACCGAGUACAUCACUCACAACAACCAUGGACACCAAGUUAGAAUCGAAGCAAUCCGAUAGCGAAGUAUCGCCGCUGAAAGAGACUGUACCGGUAGAGUCACCCACCACCGUGGCCCGAGUCUCAACACCUCAAUCCGCAGCCCAAGUUCCAACACCUCAAUCCACGGCCCAUAAAAUAGAAGUUCCGUUCCUCCUGCGGGGGACACUACGCGAGUACCAAAGACAAGGCCUCGACUGGCUGGCUGGCCUGUAUGCAAACAAUACCAAUGGCAUCCUGGCAGACGAGAUGGGUCUGGGCAAAACGAUCCAGACCAUUGCGCUAUUAGCGCAUCUUGCCUGUCGUCACGAAGUCUGGGGUCCUCACCUGGUCAUUGUGCCCACCAGUGUAAUGCUCAACUGGGAAAUGGAAUUCAAGAAAUGGUGUCCUGGCUUCAAGAUACUUGCCUACUACGGCUCUCAAGAGGAGCGGAAGAGGAAACGCCAAGGCUGGAACAACGACGAUGUUUGGAACGUCUGCGUUACUUCAUAUCAGUUGGUGCUUCAAGACCAACAGGUGUUUAGGCGACGCCGAUGGCACUAUAUGAUUCUUGACGAAGCACACAAUAUCAAGAACUUUAAGUCACAGCGAUGGCAGACGCUGCUAGGGUUUAACACACAUUCACGCCUGCUCCUCACAGGAACUCCGCUUCAAAAUAAUUUAACCGAGCUGUGGUCGCUGUUGUUUUUCCUUAUGCCUGCGGAGAACGGCGUCGGGGGAUUUGCAGAUUUGCAAGAGUUUCAUGACUGGUUUCGCAAACCUGAAUCACAGAUCUUGGAGAACGGGAGAGACCAAAUGGAUGACGAAGCCAAGGCCAUCAUUGCAAAGCUGCACAAGGUUCUGCGACCGUAUCUUCUCAGACGUCUCAAAGCGGACGUGGAGAAGCAAAUGCCCGCCAAAUACGAACAUGUCGAAUUCUGCCGACUUUCAAAGCGCCAACGUGAACUGUACGAUGGCUUCCUAGCACGCAGCGAGACGAGAGAUACGCUGGCAUCCGGCAAUUACCUCUCCAUUAUCAACUGUUUGAUGCAGCUGCGCAAAGUCUGCAACCAUCCUGACCUGUUUGUAGACCGUCCCAUCAUGACAUCCUUCCGCAUGCGCAAAUCUAUAGUCGCGGACUAUCAGGAUACGGUGAGAGUUGUGCAGCGGUCUUUGGUUGCAGACAGCCCCAUGAGCACUGUCAACUUGGGUUUUCUCAACCUAGUGCCCACUCAGCAUGAGCAUCUAUCUACCACGAAGGCGGAUAGUGUAGCCCAACUGAGCUCCCACCGCGUCCUCAUGGAUCUUAGAGAGGCUCAGAAAUGCCGAGCUCAAAAUGCCUACACAACCCUCGACCCGGCUACGGUAGAGUCGAAUAUUGCCUAUGUUGAGAGUGCUGCCCGGUGGGGCCGCUUCGAGGAACUGCAACACUGCGUCUACCUCAACGCCCUUCGUCGGCAACAAAGGCCGAUAUAUGGCAGCAACGUCAUAAGCUUGCUGAACAUCAACGCCCAUGACCGUCUACGCAAGCCCCGGCCUAGAGUUCCCCGAAAAAUUAUGGAGUGGUUCGAUUCCGACUCGGCCUUUGUACAGGCACUAACUCCAUCCCUCGAACAAAGAGCUGAUAGCUUCAAGACUGCCAUCGAAAAAUUCUCCUGCGUCACGCCCGCGGUGGUGACUCGGGACUUUAACCAGCUUAUUCUGGGUCGAAAGGGUGUGGAGGCAUUUACCGAUGAAGACCUCAAGCUAUCAGCACCGUUUCCCGAUAAGCGUCUUCUUCAGUACGACUGCGGCAAACUGCAGGCACUAGACAAGUUGCUGCGCAAGCUGCAGGCUGGCGGCCACCGCGCCCUCAUCUUUACCCAAAUGACAAAAGUCCUCGACAUCCUAGAGCAAUUCUUAAAUAUUCACGGGCACAAGUACCUCCGACUAGAUGGUGCUACCAAAGUCGAGCAGCGCCAAAUCUUGACAGAUCGGUUCAACCAUGAUUCACGCAUUCUCUGCUUCAUCCUGUCCACUCGAUCAGGAGGUCUGGGCAUCAAUCUUACGGGCGCAGACACAGUCAUCUUUUACGACCAGGAUUGGAAUCCGGCCAUGGACAAACAGUGUCAGGACCGAUGUCAUCGUAUCGGCCAAACGCGUGACGUGCACAUCUACCGUCUCGUAAGCGAGCACACUAUCGAGGCGAAUAUUCUUCGUAAAGCAUCACAAAAGCAGAUGCUUGACGAUGUAGUUAUUCAGGAGGGCGAGUUUAACACGGAUUCGUUCAACCGCCCCUCAGUCAGAGAUGUCCUUGGCGAGAAGGUGGAUUUUAUGAGCGAAGGCGUUGCUGCGGCAGAUGCCGCUCUUGAUCUAGUCCUUGGCGGAUCGGAAAGCAGCAAUGAUCAGCGCCGUGUUGGUCGCGUUUUUGAGCAAGCGGAAGACAAAGAAGAUGUCGCCGCCGCACGCGUGGCAGAGAAGGAGAUAUUGGCCGACGAUGCUGACUUUACGGAAAAGGCUGGUGGAGCUACCUCUGGCACCUCGACAGCACGCCAAGGGACGCCAGCAGUCGAGCCCGGUAUCGACGUAAUUGAGGAGUAUAACGCUUGGGGCGGACGAAUGGGCAACGUUGAUGACUAUAUGCUUUCUAUCAUGACCGAGGAGUUGAAACACACGAAACUGGAGCUGCCAAAGGAUAAGAAGAAGGGCAAGAAGAAGGGCAAAGACACGAGGAAACGAUAA